AUUUGGCGACAUUGCAUUGUUGCCUAGUUACUUGUUAUUUGUUGCAGCGUGCCUGUGGCAUUUUGCAUUUUUGCAGCCUAACUUGCUAGGAAGAUUUGGUUCUAGAACAAGCGAGAAUUUUUGGUAUUGACUGUUUAAUAUAAUUUAAUAAGUUUAUCUUAAAAAUGGCUCCGACGUUCAAAGUAACUUAUUUCGAUAUUAUGGCUCUCGGAGAACCGAUUAGAAUUCUCCUCAGCUACGGAGGUUUUGAUUGGGAGGACAAUCGCGUAACCAAGGAGAAUUGGCCUGUUUUAAAGCCUACGGUACCCAUGGGUCAGUUACCAAUUUUGGAACAUAACGGCAAGGUGGCACACCAGAGUAUUGCGAUUUGCAGGUAUCUAGGCAAGCUGACCAAAUUGGUAGGCAAAGAUGAUUGGGAAGAUUUGGAAAUUGAUGCUGCGGCUGAUACAGUUAAUGACUAUCGCGCAAAAGUGGGUCGUUAUCAUUACGAAGCAGAUCCCGUCCAAAAAGAGAAAAUUGGAGAGCAGUUGUUCAGCGAAAUUGUUCCGUUUUACUCGAAAAAGCUCGAUGAGCAGGCUAAAAAUAAUAAUGGGUUUUUGGCUGUAGGACGACUUACUUGGGCAGAUUUGUUAUUUGUGGGCUUGAUCGAUUACAUGAACUUUAUGGCCAAGAAGGACUUGUUGGCCGGAGUCCCGAAUUUACAAAAAGUGAAGGAAAAUGUGCUGGCGGUGCCCAACGUUAAAACCUACAUCUCAAAUCGUUCUGACAAUCACAUUUUUUAAGAAUUUUUGUAUGUUUAGCUAUUUGUAUAUCUCAACUCUGGUAUUAUUCAUGCGCUUAAAAUUGCUCUCUAGUAUUGCUUUAAUAAUAUGUUAUUGUUUAGGUUUGCUUGUAAAGUAAAUAAAAAUUAAAUGAUC